AUGGCAAGCACUUUGCGUCUGGAAACUCUCUUCGAGGUUAAGGACCGUUGGGUCGCCAUUACUGGUGCAGGUGAAGUACCAUCCAAGGAGAACAAUUGGCUUGAUAUUGACAUGUCGCUAUCAGCUAGCGGUAUAGGUCGUAUGUUGGCGAGGGGUUGUACAGUCAAUGGGGCCAACACCAUUCUGAUAGACGUCAAUGAGCGUUCCUUGGAGGCAGCUAAGACCGAGCUUCAGCAGCUCAGCCAAUCUGAGGAGUUACCUCCAACCUCUGUAAUCACGAUACAUGAAGACCUUUCCAGCGAGGCAGGUGUCACAGCAGUCGUCGCCGCGAUCAAGUCAAUUCGCAAUUCGGUUGAUGCCCUCAUACAUUGCGCCGCAGUCCGUUACAUGAACGAUAUCACUUACAGGCCUGGUGGCAGUCUGGACAACCUUGAAGAAGCAUCUCUGUCUGCACCCUAUCAAGGCUGGGAACAAACCUUUCGCCUGAAUGUGCUUGCGCCAUAUUAUCUGACUGCGGGUCUAGUACGCUUGUUAGGCACAGCAGCCGCGAGAGGCGACGGGCGAGGCUGUGUGAUUAUGCUAAGCAGCCCAGCUAGUGUGCAUAAUCAUCAAUUUGUGCCCUGUUAUCAGACAUCUAAAGCAGCAGUUGAUCAUCUUGUACGGAUCAUGGCGGCGGAGUUCGCAGACUACUACAUUCGCGUCAAUGGAAUUUCACCAGGCAUUGUGCCUUCCGGAAUGACAACGACAGAUGCCAAUUCAAACCUCCAUUUAGCGGCGGAAGCACCAGCUGGCCGAGCAGGGAACGAAGAAGACAUGGUAGGGACCAUGCUGUGGUUAAUCAGCAAGGCGGGCGCUUUUAUGGACGGCAAGGUUAUCAGAGUUGAAGGUGGCAGGCUUCUUAUUCUCCGAGGAGCAACAUGUCAUUCAGGUUGA